GUUUGGUGUGGCAGUCGGAAGCGUUAUCGCUGCACUCGAAAAUGACACGUGCACGGCAGCCGCCAAGGUCACGUGGGUUGCCGCGCUCAGGCCCGCUCGCCCCGCUUGGAGUUCACUCCCGGCCAAUCAUGUCGGCAACCAGAAGACCGACUUGCCUCGUUCGCGCCCCUUUCGUCAACCUCUUGAGUCUUGACGCCGCCUUGUCGUCGUUCACCAAACGAUCUCGCCAUGACGGUACGAUGCUUUAUUGAAGACACGGACAAAAGCGCCACCCAACACGAUGGAACUGAAGACCUGGUUGUCAAUGAUAGCCUCAUUUACCGCUUCCUGUCGCUUCUCGCUCUGAAAACCACAAAGCGCUUCUACGGCUCCAAUGGCCCAUGUGCAAUCAUCUCUCCACAUCUCAUCAUCAAGAGGGGUCCGUUUGCCCAUCUCACCGAAGCCGCCACUCUGAGAUAUCUCGCCGAAAAGACAUCCAUCCCUGUACCACGCCUGCACUGUGCUUUUGUCCAUAAUAAUCGAGCUUCCAUUGUCAUGGAGCGUCUCCAGGGCGUCACCCUCGGAGUAGCUUGGAAAUCACUGUCGAACGCGCAACGCGCUGCCAUUUUUGAGCAGCUUAAGUCAAUAUUCCGGGAAUUAAGGUCGCUCCCACCACCUCCCGGUGUAGGAAUUGAAAGCUGCGUGGGCGGCUCCUUGCGCGACUCCCGCAUCCCUCGAUCCUCACCCAGAUUCGGACCCUUCAAAACGGUUCAAGAGUUCCACCUGUGGCUCCGCGAGGACCUUCGGCCGGAAGACCACCCAAACCGUAAAGACGACCAGGAUUGGAAGGAUAUCAAACGAAUGGUAGCUAAACAGGACGGCCCAUGGCCGCCACCGGUGUUCACCCACGGAGAUCUCCACCCCUCCAACAUUAUGGUUUGUGGCGAUUGCGUUACUGGAAUCAUUGACUGGGAGUUUGCUGGCUGGUACCCCCACUACUGGGAGUACACUUCUGCAUGGUACGGUCAUCAUACCCGGCAUGGGUGGGAAAACGAGAUCCUGAAGUUUCUUGAUCCGUAUCCCGAAGAGCUGGAGAUGGAGAAGACGCGUCAAAGGUGGUGGGGAGACUUUUAAAAACAGAUGUCAAAUUUUAGG